AUGUUGGCGCAGUCACUUCUUCUGCCAUUGCUGGCCACCUAUGCCACUGCAGUAAAGGUCUCGGUUGCCAGAUCUGGUGGAAAUGCUACCACAAAUCUGCAGUAUGGCGCCAUGGAAGAGGAAAUCAACCACUGCGGUGAAGGUGGUCUCUACGCCGAGUUGAUCCGCAACCGAGCUUUCCAGGGUAGCUCUACCUUCCCCUCCACUGUUGACGCAUGGGCUGCUGUGAAUGGAGCCGGCUUGCUGCUUCAGAACUUGACCAAUCCUCUGUCCUCCGCCUUGCCCACAUCCCUUCAAGUUCAAGGUGAGGGUAUAACAGGCAUGGCAAACUCUGGAUUCUGGGGUAUUGACGUGCGGCCCCAGAAGUACACUGGAUCGUUCUACGUUCUCGGAUCCUACGCGGGCAAUUUCACUGCGUCGCUGCAGUCAGCAAAUGGCGAAGUCUUUGCCUCCACCGAAGUUGCUUCGGAGAGUCGUGCAGAUGAAUGGGUGCAGCACAAAUUUACUCUGCACCCCAACAAAAAGGCUGAUAACACCAGCAAUCACUUUGUAUUGACCUUUGAUGCUUCCCAAACGGAGUGCGGUGCACUUGAUUUCAACCUGAUCAGCUUGUUCCCACCAACCUGGAAUGAUCGUCCAAACGGAAUGCGACGGGACUUGAUGCAGGCCUUGCAAGAGUUGGGUCCAAAAUUCCUUCGCUUCCCGGGCGGCAACAACUUGGAGGGUCAAACCAUCGAGGACCGAUGGAAAUGGAAUGAAACAAUUGGACCAUUGAAGGACCGUCCCGGCCGUGCUACUACUUGGGGUUAUGAGGAGACCAGCGGUAUGGGCCUUGUCGAAUACAUGGAAUGGUGCGACGAUCUUGAGAUGGAACCCAUCCUUGCUGUGUGGGGUGGCUUCGCUCUGAACGGUGACGCAGUCCCCGAGUCUGAGAUCGGGUUCUACGUGCAAGAUGCCCUUGACGAGCUCGAGUUUCUGACUGGCUCCACGGACACCAAAUUUGGCGCCCUCCGAGCUAAGUAUGGCCACCCUGAGCCUUGGAAGAUCCGGUACGUUGAGGUCGGAAAUGAGGACAAUCUCAACGGUGGCUUGGAUUCAUACAAAGCCUACCGGUUCCCGGCCUUCUAUAAUGCGAUCAGUGAAAAGUAUCCAGAGAUUCAGGUGAUCGCUUCCACGAUCAAUAUGACUUUCCCUGCAAAUGCCGGCGGUGACUAUCAUACUUACGAUAUUCCGGACAAUUUUGUUUCCAACUUCAACAAGUUUGAUAACUACACCCGCGAGCACCCGAUUUUGCUAGGUAAGAAGGGACCAUACAAGACUUUGCAUGUUCUGUCCAGACUGAUUGAGAUAAAUGCAUUUGCAGGAGAAAUUGCGGUGACCGAGUUCAACAACGCGCAACACGGCAUCAACUGGACAGACAAGCACUUCACCCUGUACCCCUUCUGGCUGGGCACAGUUGCCGAGGCUGUCUUCCUGCUUGGUGCUGAGCGAAACGCCGACUUAAUCAUUGGUACAACCUAUGCCCCCUUCUUCGAGAACCUUGAUAGCUAUGAGUGGUCACCCACCAUGAUCAGCUUCAACUCCAACCCUGAUCAGACCUCCAAGUCUACGAGUUGGUACUUGUACAAGCUCUUCAACGAUCACCACAUGACCAACACCCUGCCAUCCACAUCCGACAGCGACUUUGGUCCUCUCUACUACGCCACUGGCAUGAACAACAAAACAAAUUCCUACAUCUUCAAAGCUGCCGUCUACAACAGCACCGAGGAGAUCCCCAUCUCACUUUCAUUCGAAGGUGUCGGUCGCGGUGCCAUGGCGGAUCUGACCAUUCUCACUGCACCCAACGCAGUUGCCAUGAACGGUGUCGCCGGGCCCAAUAUUGUGCAGACCCAGACGAAGAAGAUCAAGGCCGGCAAGCAGGGUGUCUUUGAAUUCAAGAUGCCCAGCUUGAGUGUGGCUGUGCUGGAAACUAAAUGA